UUAAUAUAACUUACAUAACUUAUAAAUUUUAUUUAAAUACACUUCAGUCUUUUUACACACUCCUUCACCACCUCUCUCCAUCUCCUUCUGUCCAAUGCUAGUUCUUUCCAUCUCUCAAUGUUACUUUUCUUCAAGUCUUCAUAUACACUGUCCUUCCAUCUUUUCCUUGGCCUGCCUUUCCUCCUCUUUUGUAUUGGUCUUCGUGAAAGUACCAUUUUUGGCAUUCGUUUACUUCCCAUUCUCUCUAUGUGCCCCAAGUAUUGUAUUCUCUGUGCUUUGAUCGUCGUCGUAAUCGUUGGCUCUUGAUAUAGUUCUUCCAAUUCUUUAUUGGUUCUUCUCACUAAUAAUUUUAAGUAAACACUAAAAUACCCUUUAUUUAAUAACUAUUUAACCUAUAUAAUAACUAAAAAACUCUAUUUAAUAACUCUAAACAACUAUUUAUAAACAUUAACAGCCCUUUAAUCAACCAAUAACCUCAAAUUAGGUGACAGUUCCUUUUGGUCGCCGUGUGACAUGCGAAAUUGGUUAAUCAGCGUUUCGGAAACUCAAAACACUUAUGAUCGGCUGUUAACUAACGAUUAAUCGUUUGUUAAAUCAUAUGAUCGACUGUUAUUGAACUCCCGUUUAACUGGUGUUAUUGACAGCCGGUUUCCGAAACGUUAUUCAAAUCUUCGAUCAUCUAAUCGAGCUGUUAGAUUUGAUCAACUGUUAACCAGUGACGAGUUUCUCAAACGUCGAUCAUCUUAAAAUUAUAUGAUCGUAGAAAAUCGAUUAUCUGACAUACGAUUUGGUAUCGAUACUGUCACAAUCGGCUGUCAUCCUUCAAAAUUUCAUUUUAUAACCAAAAAAUUUCAAUCCAUAGUAAAUAACUACAUAAUUUAUAUAAUUAAAAAAUAUAUUAAAAAUGAGCAAUACAAACGGAAAUCCUCCACGCAAAAAUUAUACUGAGAGAGAGAGAGAGAAAUGUUUGCUGUUGGAAAUAAUUGGAAAAUACAAGCAUAUUAAAUUGAAAACAAAUAAUGUACCAAUGCUAUGUCCACCAACCAAAACAAUGAAACCUGGGAAAAAUAGCGCUGAAUUUCCCAGAACUCCCAAGCAGCUGAACACUGCAUAUAUAAACUUAAAAAGGGUCACUAGCCAAAAAGUAGCAGAGGAAAAUAUUCAAAAAUAUAAUGAGCAGAAGGUUUUGGACCAGUUGAAGAGAGACCAAACUGCGGACAAAAAAGACAUACUUGCAACAGGUGGUGGCACAUUUAGGCCUCGUCUCACAGAUGUAGGGGCACAAAUGUUGAGUUUGAUUGGCAAUCAAAUCCAACCUUUACCCAACAGUUGUGACAGUGCAUCUGGUUUCUUCACAUCUGUUGCACAAGACAGUCAAGUGGAAGUAGAUUACCUACAAUUGGAAGACACAUAGCAGACAUCCAAUGUACCCUCUACUUCCACUGUGCUGCUCAGUACACCCACGACAACUGCUGUCCUGCCCAAGAAGACAGCCAAGAUGUCUCAGGCUCGUUCAAAAAAUAAAAAAGUAAAAGAUGUAGGGAGCGAAACCCUUAAUGUAUCUUUUACAAAAAAAAUUGAAACAGCAAGACUAGAAAAAAGAAGUAAGAUAGUAUUUUUCAACAAGAAAAAAAGAAAUUUUAGAAGUAGAGCUUCAAAUAAAAAAAUUCGAUGUCAAUAAAUUAUUCGGUAAUAGUGGUUAGGUAUGUACCUAAUAAAGUAAUUUUAAAUAAAAAUUGUAAUUUCUUUAAAUAAUAAAAUUAAUAAAAAAUG